GUGUAAAUUACAUUUGUCAAAAUUAAACUCAGAAAAUAUAUAUUCAGUGAAGAGAAAGAGAGGUGUGGGAAGUAAACUGUGCAUUCUAAUCUGCAGAGUGCAUCAGCAUUGGAUCUGGAAACGCGUGGAAGAAGAAGAAAUGGCUCGCGCAGGAGGGAUAACAAACGCAGUGAACGUGGGAAUCGCAGUGCAAGCCGAUUGGGAGAACCGCGAAUUCAUCUCUCACAUUUCUCUCAACGUUCGUCGCCUCUUCGACUUCCUCGUCCAAUUCGAGGCUACGACGAAGAGCAAGUUGGCGUCUUUAAAUGAGAAGCUGGAUGUGUUGGAGCGGAGAUUGGAGCUGCUUGAAGUUCAAGUGGGCAAUGCUUCGGCCAACCCUUCUCUUUUUGCCACAUGAUUUUUGUGUUUCAUGUGUUUUCACUUGUGCUGUGAGCUUACAUAUUCGCCGUUCUUGUGCCGCCCUCUCUGUUCUCAUUUGUGACAUACUUUCAUGACAGACUCAAUCACUUGAGGUCUGGGAAAUCACUCAUCUCAGACUCUUAGUUGUAGUAAUGGAAAGAAUACAUCAAUUGAUUUAGAGUAUUAUUUUACCUUCCAUUUUCUAGGGAAAAGGAAGCUCAGUUGGCAGAAUAUGGAAUUCUUCCUCUAGAUAGAAAUGGAUAAUAUCGGUUUCCUUAGUUUGACAUUUUCCAUAUACAGCUUAAGGAAUGUUAUUACUAUCCCUAACAUAU